CAGGACGCUGGGAGAGCUGCCCCCUCAGACAAGAGCUGCAGGCUGGCGGAGAAGUGACGGCUUAGCAGCAGAGGAUCUCCAGCUGCCCUCAGUGGAAAGGGAGCGAGACACAGUGAGAGACAGUGAGAGAUUCCUACCUGCACUGCCACAAUGCGCACCCUCAUCAUCCUUAUGCUCCUGGCUGUUUUGGUGAUGGCUGCUACUAGCUAUGAGUCCCAUGAGAGCAUGGAAUCCCAUGAGUAUCUCAAUCCCUUCAUCAACAGGCAAAGGGCCAAUGGCUUCAUACAUGCUGACACGAGACUAGAAGCCAUCUCUCAGGAGAGGAUCAGAGAGCGUAAUAAGGCGCCCCAGGAACGUCAGAGGGAGAUCUGCGAGGACUACUACCCCUGUGAACUCUAUGCUUUUCGCCAUGGCUAUGCUGCUGCUUACAGGCACUAUUUUGGGAGGAGGAGGACUAAGUAAAGUAUGACCUGUCCCCACCCUGGGGCCUGGAGCCCAGGGUAUCCUCCCAAAAAAUGCAAUGGCUCUGAAACAUAUUCAGUUGCUUGUGUUCCUGUAUGUUAUCCUGCCUGCUUAUCUCCCAUGUAGCCAUGGAUUCCUACACUGUGUUAAUUAGCGCUGAGCUGAUGCAGCAGAGAUCGGAGAGAGUUCAGGAUGUGGGUGUUUACUAUGCAAUAAAUUGCUGGUUUGAUACUAUC